CACGUGCAGUAGUCAUGGUUCAAGACGCACAGAGGUUUAUCUUAACUCCAGCAGUCGGGUGAGGAUGACUUGGAAGCCUCUGCAAGAUCCUGGAACAGAACCUCCAUUAAAUAAUGUAUUCUGAGGUGUACUGGAUACCUGAGGAAGGGUUCUAAAUAAUGCAUUUUCUGGGCAUGACAGUUGUAGCAGAAGAGAAUGCUGAAGCCUGUAGCAAGACUACAGCCUGAGAUGAAAGAAUGUCUCAUUACCAUUUUAUCAAAUGCUGCUGUUUCCAGCUAUGUAAUGUUUUUCGGUCCCAUGAGAUGGAAAUUGAGCAGUGCUUGCUGGAGUCCCUCCCUCUUGGCCAGCGGCAGCGGCUGGUGAAGCGGAUGCGCUGUGACCAAAUAAAGGCAUAUUAUGAACGAGAAAAAGCUUUCCAGAAACGAGAGGGCUACGUGAAAAAACUGAAACAUGGAAAGAAUAGAGUUCAUUUUAAUCUUGCUGAUAUGAUACAGGAUGCAGUCAUACGUCAUGAUGAUAAAGAAGUACUGCGGCUACUGAAGGAUGGUGCUGACCCUCAUACACUUGUUUCCUCAGGAGGCUCUUUGCUCCAUCUGUGUGCCCGCUAUGAUAAUGCAUUUGCUGCAGAAAUUUUAAUUGACAGAGGAAUAAAUGUAAAUCAUCAAGAUGAGGACUUCUGGACAUCAAUGCAUGUAGCCUGUGCAUGUGAUAAUCCUGAUAUUGUCUUGCUACUGCUACUGGCUGGAGCAAAUGUGCUGCUGCAAGAUGUUAAUGGCAACAUCGCACUUGAUUAUGCCAUAGAAGGGACUGAAUCUAGCAGCAUCCUUCUGAUGUACUUGGAAGAAAAUGGUGUAGAGCUCAAUUCAUUGCGCCAAAUGAAAAUACAGAGACCUAUGACAAUGCUUACAGAUGUCCGACAGCUCAUAUCAAGUGGAGGAAGUGUGAAUCAAAAGAAUGACGAAGGAGUUACACUGCUGCAUGUGGCCUGUGCUAAUGGAUACAAGAAUGUUGCAUCUCUGAUACUGGACCAUGGGGCUGAUCUCAAUGUAGUGGAUAAUCAGUACUGGACACCCCUACAUUUAGCUGCAAAGUAUGGACAGACCAACCUUGUGAAGCUGCUCUUGAUGCACUGGGCAAAUCCCAGUCUUCUUAACUGCAAUAAUGAAAAGCCUUCAGAUGUUGCAGCUUCUGAGUUUAUUGAGGAGAUGCUUCUGAAGGCUGAAAUUGUUUGGGAGGAAAAAAUGAAAGACCCUUUAGCUGUUUCUACUUUAUCUCAAGAAGAGCAAUACGAAGAGAUCAUCCAUGAUCUGCCCACAAUUUCCAAUAAACUCAAUCCCUUGGCUUUACCGAUUGCCAAGCAAGACAGUUUGCUGGAGAAAGACACCAUGUUUAAAGAUGCAGCUAAAGGCUUAUGUAAGCAGCAAUCCCAAGACAGCGCAUCUGAAAAUGUCACUGUGAACACUACAACCAAACUUGAACAGAUCAAGCUCAUGCCUCCAGCUCCAAAUGAUGACCUGGCUUCUCUGAGUGAGCUAACAGACAGCAGCCUGCUUUAUGAGAUUCAGAAGCGUUUCAAUAAUAAUCAGAUAUAUACCUACGUUGGUGAUAUACUGUUGCUUGUUAACCCGUUUAAAGACCUUCCUAUUUAUUCUACUACGGUCACCCACCUUUAUUUAAGUAACUCUGGAAAACUGUGUUCCUCACUUCCCCCACAUAUAUUUUCCUGUGCUGAAAGAGCUUACCACAUGCUAUUCCAGGAGCAGCAUCCCCAGUGCUUUAUCCUCAGUGGAGAAAGUGGUUCUGGGAAGACUGAAGCCUGCAAACAGAUAGUGAAGCACCUCACUUGCAGAGCCAGCUCCAGCAGAAAUGCCUUUGAUACAAAGAUACAACAUGUAAACUGUAUCUUGGAGGCUUUUGGACAUGCUAAGACACCCUUGAAUGAUUUUUCCAGCUGUUUUAUAAAAUAUUUUGAGCUACAGUUUUGUGAGAAGAAAAAAAUGUUAAUUGCAGCUAGGAUUUAUACAUACAUGUUGGAGAAGUCUCGUGUCAUUAUGCAGCCUCUCAACCAGAGAAAUUUUCGUGUGUUUUACUUGAUGAUGGAUGGGCUGUCUGCUGAAGAAAAAUACACCCUGUACCUCAGUAAUUUGUCUGCACACAGGUAUCUAAGCCAGACCGUACUGGAAGAGACAGUGUUAACAGCCAACCGUCAAAACAGGGAGAAAUUAGCCAUACUAAAACAAGCUCUAGGUGCUGUGGGAUUCAAUAGCCUGGAGGUGGAGAACCUGUUUGUAAUUCUCUCAGCAAUUCUGCAUCUUGGAGACAUUCGCUUUACGGCUCUGACAGACGCUGAGACAGCAUUCGUGUCAGACCUGCAGCUACUGGAACAAGUUGCGGGGAUGCUGCAGGUUUCACCAGAUGAGCUUGCUUCAGCCUUAACAACUGAUGUUCAGUAUUUUAAAGGAGACAUGAUUGUACGGAGGCAUACUAUAGAGAUAGCAGAAUUUUACCGCGAUCUCUUGGCAAAAUCUCUAUAUGGUCGUUUAUUUAGCUUUUUAGUCAACACAAUCAACUGCUACCUUCAAAAUCAAGAUGAGACUGGCAGUGACCAGGUAUUUGAAAUUGGAGUACUGGAUAUUUUCGGAUUUGAAGAAUUUCAGAAGAAUACUUUCGAACAGCUGUGUGUCAACAUGACCAAUGAGAAGAUACACCAGUACAUCAAUGAAGUGCUUUUCCUACAAGAGCAAGCAGAAUGUGUACAAGAGGGAGUUGCCAUGGAAACUGUGUAUUCUCCUGGUAACCAUACUGCAGCCUUGGAUUUUUUCUUUCAGAAACCGUCAGGCUUUUUGUCAAUGCUGGAUGAAGAAAGCCAAUCUAUUUGGUCAGUGGAACAGAGUUUUUCUAAACGCAUUCAGUCCUUCCUGGAUACAUCAGACACAAAUGCAGUAUACUCCUCCACAAAAGAUGGAAAUGGUAACCUUGCCCCAAAGGAUCAGGGCUCCACCUUCACUGUUAUGCAUUAUGCUGGGAGGGUUACUUAUGAAAUUGCUGGUGCGAUAGAAAAAAAUAAAGAUUCCCUUUCACAAAAUCUCGUAUUUGUAAUGAAAACCAGUGAAAAUGUAGUCAUCAAUCAGUUGUUUCAAUCCAAGCUGACACAAACUGGAUCACUUGUUCCUCCAUAUCAUUUCCUUAAAAUCAAAGGGUGUAAAGCAGCUUUGCUGAGUAAAAAACCAUCGGUAGCCUGUGCAAGUGGAGAAGCAAAGAAAUACUUUGAGCUCAGCAAGCUACUGAAAAAGAAAGGAACAUCCUCAUUUCUUCAGAGACUGGAACGAGGUGGCCCAACCACCGUGGCAAUACAGCUCAGGAAAUCACUCUCAGAUAUUAUUGGGAAGCUGCAGAACUGCACGCCACAUUCUGUUCAUUGUAUAAAGCCUAAUAACUCCAAGUUGCCAGAUACUUUUGACAAUUUUUAUGUGUCUGCUCAACUGCAGUAUAUUGGCGUCCUAGACAUGGUCAAAAUCAUACGACAUGGAUAUCCAAUACGUCUCUCUUUCACAGACUUCUUGUCAAGGUAUAAAGAUUUGGCUGAUACAGCACUAGGAGAGAAGAAGAAGUUGUCUGCCAAGGAAAGAUGUCGUCUUGUUCUUCAGCAGUGUAAAUUACAAGGCUGGCAGAUAGGAAUCCGAAAAGUGUUUCUUAAGUACUGGCAAGCUGACCAUCUCUACGAUUUGUGCCUUCAGCUUCAGAAGAAAAUUAUAACCUGCCAAAAAGUUGUAAGAGGAUUUCUAGCUCGCCAGCGCUUACUACAGAAGGUGAGCAUCAAACAGCAAGAGGUCACCUCAAUCAAAAGUUUCUUGCAGAAUGCUGAGGAUAUGGGACUGAAAACAUAUGAUGCCUUGGUCAUUCAAAAUGCUUCUGACAUUGCUCGGGAAAAUGACAGGCUCCGCAAUGAGAUGAACGCUGCUUACCACAGGGAAAAGUUAGAGGCUAGAAGCAGACCAGAAGAAGGCCACAAAAGAGCUGAAGACAAGGGUGGGAAGGUCUCUGAGGACAGCUUUGCCGGCUGUCGAACGCCUAAGCACUUUCAUUCCAGCUCCGUCCCUGUCCCCAUGGCAGUGGACGGCUUGGUACAUUCUGCGGCUGGGUCAUCCAUCAGAUCCCCCUCCCUGCACUCCGUGUUCAGCAUGGACGAUAGCAAUAGCCUGCCAUCACCAAGGAAACAGCCUCCUCCCAAACCAAAGAGGGACCCCAACACACGACUGAGUGCUUCGUAUGAGGCUGUUAGUGCUUGCUUGUCGGCAGCUUCUAAGGAAACCGCUAAUGAAGUACUGACCCGUCCAAGGCCACACAGUGAUGACUAUAGUACCAUGAAAAAAAUACCUCCCAGAAAACCAAAACGAAGUCCCAAUACGAAACUUAGUGGCUCUUAUGAAGAAAUACCUGGCCAAAAGCCUGGGGAUGUAAAACAGGCAAGCACAGUAGCUAAACCAGGUGGCUAUGACGCUGUGACGGUACAGAGAGCAGCUUCUGCGGAUGGGCCACAACAUGGUGUGUUGAGUCUCUAUAUGUCUCAGGAAGAGGAGGAAAAUGAGCCUGUCUAUAUUGAAAUGGUAGGGAAUGCAAUGAAAAGCAGUUCUGCUGAAGCAGAAAGUCCAGAACAAGGAGAGUCUGUAUAUGAAGAAAUGAAGUAUUUUCUACCAGAAGAAGGAAGCAAUGGUAAUGGAAUAAUUCCAGUAGUGACUGGAUCUCCUCCUCUGUUGUUUGAAAGCAAAAAAAAUGUUAACAUUGAAGAUGGAACAUUGGGUGGAAACAGUCAAGCAGCUUUGAUCUAUAAAGACUCAUGUGACAUUCCAGCCCCUUUCCCUAACUUGCUCCCCCACAGGCCACCACUUCUUGUAUUUCCUCCAACCCCUGUCACAUGUUCACCUGCUUCUGAUGAAUCACCUCUAACACCACUAGAAGUCAAAAAGCUUCCUGUCUUGGAAACCAACCUAAAAUACCCUGUGCAGUCAGAAGGCUCAAGUCCAUUAUCACCACAGUACUCCAAAAGCCAGAAAGGGGAGAAUGAAAGACCAGCAUCUCCAGGCUUGGUUGUGUUCAAUGUUUCCAGCAAGGUGACCCCUCCUUCCACACCACCUCCUCCUCUCCCACCACCCCCUCCUCCAGUACCACCUCCUAUUUCCUACCGGGCUUCCACACAUUUUGCAUUUCCUCCAGAGACUUGUGCUAGUUUUCUGAUUAAUACAGGGAAAACGGGUACAAACUCAGAUCUGUCAAAAGUACCUCAGAGACCAAAUCCUGCUCAGCUUGGAUGCUCAUUUUCUCCAUUCUCCAAACUGCCUUACUCCCCAAAGGUGGCAAGAGCAGAUCACAGGAAAUUGAACUCAAAUUCAUCAUCUUCAUUUCCAUACAACCCUACAAACUCAAGGUCAUUGACCAGUCCCCUUGAUGAGUUAACUAGCUUGUUCAACUCAGGACGGAGUGUGCUACGAAAAUCUGCAGCAGGACGUAAGAUCAGGGAGCCAGAAGGUGCUGAAACUAAUCUGAACUUGAGGAGCAGGGAGGAUCCAAAUACAUUAGAUAUUGGAUCAGAAACCCAGGAUAAAAAUGCAAAUAACCAUGGAACUCAGUCAUCAAAUCCACUGUCCAGUUCUGUGAUGGCUGAAAAUGGAAAUUCAGUAUCAAAUGGUUUACCAGAGGAAAAUGAAUAUUCAAGACUGUCGGCCAGCACUACGGCAGGCUCAUCGAUUCAAAGACAUAAGGAGAGCCACACUAGUCAGGUUAUUCAUCAGCUUAGACUUUCAGAGAAUGAGAGUGUGGCUCUGCAAGAGCUUCUAGAUUGGAGGAGAAAGCUGUGUGAAGAGAAAGAAGACUGGCAGCAAAUAUUGCACAGCACUGAGCAAAGAAUCACAGCCCCACCUCCACCCCCUUGUAAAAAGCCAACACUGUUGAAGAAGGUAGAAGAUACCUCCUGCAACAGACUCUCUUCAGGCAUAUGGGAUACCACCAUGUGAUUCAGAUUUGUGUGUUUGCAAACUGUUAGGAAUGAAACCAUCUAAUGAAUUCAAUCUGCACAAUCGGCAAGUUUUCUUCCCUUCACAAAGUGUGCAGGGAUUUUUUAUAAGCACUCAUUCAGGAGCACAGGAUGGAGGAGCUAUUUAGAUCUGUUGUGCAUACAUGUACAUUGUGUUUGUUCUUUUCAUAUAUAUAUAUACACAUAUACAUAUAUGUGUGCAUCUGUGAGUCUAUAUAUGUAUGUGUGUGUAUAUAUAGAGAGAGACAAACUGCACUAUAAGUACUUAGUUUAAAAGUAGGAGACAGUCACUUAGAGUUCUCCCAUGGACAAUAAGAAACUACGUUAAGCAAAUGAUGAUGGGAAGAAGUGACUGACAGGCAUUUUAGAGACAUCAGGAAAGUCUGUGCACACUGUACAGCUGUUUUAUAUAGUACAAAAAUACAAUGUUUCUUGUUC